AAAGGACCCGACCGUUUACAAAAACAAAAACCCCAUAACAAUAUUUUGUACACAUUGCUUAAUUACUGGUUCCAGGGUUGGGUCUUGUUCGUACUCGCACCGGCAUCCCAAGCAAUUUCUGGUUUUUCGAUUCUGUACGAGGAGAGGAUAUGGUUAAGCCAAAACAACAGAGGAAGAUAUCCCACAAGAAACAACACCACCCGCAAAAUAAGAAGCCCGGGAAACCAGCUGAUACUUCACAAUUUCGGAGUCAGUUGGAUGCACUGGGCCUGCGCAUUGUUGACAUAACAGCAGAUGGUAAUUGUUUCUUCAGAGCCCUUGCUGAUCAGUUGGAAGGUAAUGAAGAGGGACAUCAAAAGUAUCGCAGCAUGGUGGUGAAACACAUAAUGGACAAUCGGGAAAUGUUUGAGCCCUUCAUUGAAGAUGAAGUCCCCUUUGAUGAAUAUUGCCAGACGAUGGAAAAUGAUGGUACAUGGGCUGGACAUAUGGAAUUGCAGGCAGCUUCUCUUGUGUUACAUAGUAAUAUAUGCAUUCACCGGAACAUGUCACCUCGUUGGUACGUAAGAAAUUUUGAUGAUUGUCGAGCUCGUAUGAUCCAUUUGUCUUAUCAUGAUGGGGAGCAUUAUAAUAGUGUGAGGUUGAAGGAUGAUCCUUGUGAUGGGCCUGCAAGGUCAAUUGUAAUUAAGGCUGAUGCUGAUCUUUCAGCGACAUCACAUCAAGCAAAAGUUACGGCUAACAAAGCCCAUGCGCAAGCUGGCAGGGAAUCAUUUCAGCCAGGUUCUAUAAAGUUGGUUAUGGCUGGAAGCGGAUGUGAAAACACUGAAAGAGUGGAACAGAUUCUAGAGCAGGUAAACGGAGACAUCGAUGCUGCAAUAGAGUUCCUAAUUGCAGAACAAGGAGAAGAAGAGUGGUCUACAAAGUGUGAUUCCUCUCCUAUUCAGGCUGAUGCCUAUGGUCAUGAUAAAAAUGAGAAUAGUGAACAACAAAAAGAUAAUAUAGUAGAGAACAGCAUAAAUGCCGAAUCAAGUAAAAGCUCCAGGAAGACCAAUGAACGUAGCACAUCUCAACAAAACGACAAGCAGAAGAUUUCUAGAAACAAAAUGUGCCCAUGUGGUUCAAAAAAGAAAUACAAAGCUUGUUGUGGAACAACCUUGGCUAGACAAUCUGCACGGUUUGUGGUUAACCAAGCAGCCGAAACUAGAAGGAGCAAAAGAGACAGCAAGCAGGGAAAGAAAGGGGUUUCGUCAAAAGCGGAUGUGUCCGGUGACUAUGAUUCGGUGACACCCGACAUGGGCGCACUUUGUAUUUGAGUUCAUUAUAAAUGUAAGACUCAUAUUGUGGAAUACACCACCUCUUCGUUGCUUCAAGAUAAUGGUUCGCGAGUUCUUGUCCGCUCCAGGUGUGGCUAAUUUCUUGUUCCCCCCGAGGAUUAAAAACUACAUCAGGUUUCCUUUUGACAGAGGCUAGUUUUGGACAGAAGGAUGGACAAUAGGUGGAAUAUUGUUAUAAAAGCAUUAUUUUCUUAUAAUGGAACAACAUGGAUGUUUUGAUCAAUUUUUAUAUUGUAAUAUCUUGUGUGAGAAUCAGUUUGGCCUAAAAUAUAAGGGUAACAAAAAUGAUCGAUAAUGAUUUAUACUAAUAAAGUUACAAAGUUGUUGGAAGACAACGAAAAUCAGUCUAAAAUUACUAUAUUUUGU